AUGGCGGAUGAAGAAAUUCAACAGCUCGUUUGCGACAACGGUUCGGGAAUGUGCAAAGCCGGUUUUGCCGGUGAUGAUGCGCCGCGCGCUGUGUUCCCGUCCAUUGUUGGUCGACCUCGUCACCAAGGUGUAAUGGUUGGUAUGGGUCAAAAGGACAGCUAUGUAGGUGACGAAGCUCAAUCCAAACGAGGUAUCCUCACUCUCAAAUACCCAAUCGAACAUGGCAUUGUGACCAAUUGGGAUGAUAUGGAGAAGAUCUGGCAUCACACUUUCUACAAUGAGUUGCGGGUCGCGCCCGAGGAACACCCCACUCUUUUGACUGAAGCUCCACUGAAUCCGAAGGCCAAUCGAGAGAAGAUGACCCAGAUCAUGUUUGAGACCUUCAACACCCCAGCCAUGUACGUAGGUAUUCAGGCCGUGCUGUCUCUGUACGCCUCUGGCCGUACCACUGGUGUUGUGCUGGACUCUGGCGAUGGCGUAAGUCAUACUGUGCCAGUUUAUGAAGGAUAUGCCUUACCGCACGCUAUUCUUCGUCUUGACCUGGCUGGACGUGAUCUGACUGACUACCUGAUGAAGAUCCUGACCGAGCGUGGCUACAGCUUCACAACAACCGCAGAACGAGAAAUUGUGCGCGACAUUAAGGAGAAACUGUGUUAUGUCGCUCUGGAUUUCGAGCAAGAAAUGGCCACUGCUGCGUCAAGCUCCUCACUUGAAAAAAGCUACGAACUGCCUGAUGGUCAGGUGAUCACGAUUGGUAACGAACGAUUCCGUUGUCCCGAGGCUCUGUUCCAACCGAGCUUCUUGGGUAUGGAGUCUUCUGGUAUCCACGAGACCAGUUUCAAUUCAAUCAUGAAGUGCGAUGUGGAUAUCCGCAAGGAUUUGUACGCGAACACCGUGCUGUCUGGUGGUACGACCAUGUUCCCUGGUAUUGCGGAUCGUAUGCAGAAGGAGAUCACUGCGUUGGCUCCGAGUACGAUGAAGAUCAAGAUCGUUGCCCCACCGGAGCGUAAAUACUCGGUUUGGAUUGGUGGUUCGAUCUUGGCUUCGUUGUCCACGUUCCAACAGAUGUGGAUCUCGAAACAGGAAAUACGACGAGCUGGUCCAGGUAUCGUGCACCGCAAAUGCUUCUAA